GGCUGCCUCCUCCUCCUCCUAAAGUCGUCCACUCUCCAUCCUCAUCCAUCCAUCAUCAUCGACUCGUCCUACCGGCACCACGUCUCGAGUCCACCGCACCAGAUGCCCGAUUCAGCCUUUUGCAGCCUUCCCGCAGCGACGAUGGCCGGUGGUGUGACGGCAUUCCCGGCGGUGUUUGUACUGCUGGCGCUCGUCCUCGUGUCGAGCGUGCCGUCCACCACGCUGGACUUUGGGCAAGUUCCUACGGCCACCUACGUGACCGACACCAGUUACGACGCCGGCGCCAUCGGAACGCUCUUCUUGAUGAUGCACAAGUUUCUGGACCUCGUUCAGCCGAAUUCAUUUCCUCACGAGCUACUCGCCAAAGCUAUGAAGCAAGGUUUUGGAGUCGUACACAAGGACUAUCGCCAGAUCAUCCGCUAUGAGCUCGGCUUUAUCGUGUGCGUGGCUUUGGGCGUCGCCUUCCUGCUGCUGCUCCCGCUGGCGGGCUGCUGCAUGUGCCGCCGCCGCCGCUGCUGCGGGAACCGCCGCGGAGAGAUGCUUCGGAGGCCACGGAAGAACGACGACUGCAAACGCAGCUGCCACGGCGCCUCGCUCCUCCUCGUCACGCUCGCCAUCGAGGCGGGCAUUGUGUGUGCCUACGUGGCCAACAACAAUGUGACCAACAACAUCCGGCAGUCGGAGAGCCUGCUGUCGAGCAACUUGAAGGACGUCCGGACCCUGCUCAACAAUACGCCCCGUCAAAUCGACUACAUCGUUGAAAAAUACAACAUCACGAAGGACAGGGCGGUUUCCGAUCUCGACCACGUGGGACCGUUGCUGGGCCAGAGGAUCCAGAGGCGGCUGGGCACGAAGGUUUAUCCCGCGCUACGGGCUGCCCUGCAGAUGGCCGACGUGAUGUUGGCGACGCGCCUGGCGCUGCUGGACAUCAACACGUCGCUCUCGGUGCUGCGCGACAGCUCCGAGAGGCUGCAGAGGAACUUGACGACCGUGCGCAGCGGCCUUAACGCGACCCUCAAUGACCCCGUGUGCCAGAGGGCACAGCGGUGCGUCGCCAUGUCGGGGCAGCUCGUCCUGCUGAAUAUCCACGCCGACUUCAGCUUGCCGCAGGACGUGUCCCGGGAAUUGGAGCAGGUGAAGAGACUGCUAGACACCAACUUUACAGCGAUGGUUGACAAGUGUGGGAAUGGAUACCACAUGUAG